AUGGCCGAACCGAGAAAAGUACAAUUUGUCACCCUCUCGGCCUUCGCUGCGGGAUCAGCCACCGAGACUAGGAAACGACGGUUGGAGGAUGACGAGGCCGACAUCGACUUAGAUGCGGAUGGUGAGGUGGACACGACAGCGUCCCGGGCAGAUGGUGGCGGUGGGUUUUUCGGCAAAACUAGCGACAAGGACAACGCUGAAGGAAAACGGAUUACCGUGCGAUUGAACCUAUCUCUGUCCGAGCCCAGCGAUCAAUCGUCUAACGAGUUUAACUACAGCGAACUCGUCCAAAACAUCCAGGUAUGACUCCUUCUGUUUGGCCAGGGAAGACAUGGAUCAACACCAGUUGAUUUUAUUAGCUUGGUUAGUGGGGACUUGUUAUAAACUAGGAUAGGAAAGUGGAUGUAUCUUGUCUUUCCACGGACUAGCGUGGUCUGUGGGAGGAAAUUACCAGUCAUGGACUUCACACAAAAGACCCUAGCUCAGCCAUUCAUUAAGCCAUUCACUCAAAUCACUUGGUACUCGAACGGCACGUCAAUAUUACAGUUGUAGGCACUCCUUAUGCACAUGUAGUGAUAAAGGUUGUCUGGCGCUACCUGUUUCCCGUUCUUGAUAACUUGACAACUCGCUUGCUAGUUUACACCAGUCAUACAGCCAUUAUUAUGGCACGUAGAAGAAGUGCCCCAGUACAGUUGAGUUUAGCCUCCUAUGGGUGACAUAUUGAAGAUUAGUCAGUGCUGAAUGGAGUGGGUUUGUAAGUACCAGGAUGUAGCCUACAUGGAGUUAUGCAAAUACCGGUGUUAUGUUAUCAAGACACUCAAUGGUGUGCACCUACAUCAUUGCAUGAUACAGUAGUUUGCUCUUUUUUUAGUUACAUAUUUGCGAAGGAAUUAUGUUGAAUAUAAUACAUUGUUCUCAAACUUGUAAUUACAAGUUAUACUACAACUAUAUAAACCAGCUGUAAAUCUAAAUACAAAUGCUUCUUCACCAAUGCUAUUUGGGCAAUGUGAUUCCAUGACAAUAUGCUUUACAUCCGGUACAAUAACAACACAAUAUUAUUUAUUACUUUGUUGUUUGUUUAUUGUGGUUAAGUCAAUUUAUUUUCCAGUAGUUACACUUUUCUUCACCCAUUCCCUCCCCUUUCUAGGUAAAAAAGAACCCUCCUCCAGCCCCAAAUCAGACUCCAACUCUUUUUAUCGUGCCUCCUGCCCUUGACCCUAGCGACCCUUUCAACGAUGACGAGCGAGAACGACUGCAGGUGGAGGCCCUGGCCAAGAAGUUUGAGAACAAAUAUGUACGUAAUUUUUUGGAGCCGUGGUAAAACUUUGUCCUCUAAUAACUCCACUGAUAAGAUACUAGUUUUAAGAUGAGUUUUACUUUUUUUUAUCUGGUUAAUAACUAGUUGUACUAGGUUGUAAACCUGUUAUAUCUGGUUAUAAGCCUUUUUUGUUGUUGUUUAUGACUACUGGUUAUAUAGUAUGUUCAUGUGAAAGUAUGUAUAAUCUGUGACACAGGGCAAUGAGAAUGCAGCAGGAAAGAAGAAGCGGAAGGACAGAAUGCAGGAUCUGAUUGACAUAGGCUUCGGUUACGAUGAGACCGACCCAUUUAUUGACAACUCAGAGGCUGUAAGUAUCCCUUUUUUUAACCCUCUACAUCCCUUUAAUUUUGAUAUAGCAAACAUGUUGAUAACAAAACUCGAAAGGGCUUUCCAGAGAGGAAGCAGCUGAGUUUCCCAUUCAUUUUCAAUGAAGAUAGGUGGGGGGGCGGAAUACUAUCCAGGCGGAGCGGUUGGCGGUGCUCGUGCACGUGACAGCCGUCUGGUGGAGAAAAUAGGAAUCUGCUCUAUUCUGGCAAACUUUGCUCUGGAGUUUCGCUUCCUGUUUGGAGCGUGCUUAAGACUAUCAAUCAACCACAGCACCAAUUUGCACAAGCAAUCAACCUAACCCCAUAAACACUAACCUACAUCCACCACAGUGACAUGUUGUUGUUUGUCAGAGACUCAUUGAAGUUACUCUGUAUUCUGCAUCUAUGCUCUGAAUGUAACGGCAGCCAUUUUGUUUUGUUUGACAGUAUGACGAGCUGGUCCCAGCCUCCCUGACCACCAAGCUGGGAGGGUUCUACAUCAACACGGGCACGCUGCAGUUCAGAGCUGCUUCCGAGUCAGAAGGAGAGGACGGGGGCAAGGAUGUCAAACCCAGAGUAAGGGUGGGAUACUGGCAUGAAGUAUUUUAUAUAGUGAAAUUACACUAAAUUUAGUCAGUUGGGGUCAAUUCCAUUUCAAUGAUGUCAAUUCAGGAAGUAAACAGAAAUUCCAAUUCCAUUCAAAAUCAAUGAGAAAAUCAAUGAAUUUUUGCUUACUUCCUGAAUUGACUAGAGUAAUUGACCCCAUCCCUGAUAGGAGUAUGACAAACCUGAUUUAUUUGUGUUUAUACAAUUGGUUGUUUUGGUUUUUAAUGAAUUCUGUCUGUGCCUUCCGGUGGUAGCAGAAACUGAAGGAUGGCGAGGAGCAAGUGAUCAAGAGACGGAGGAAAGAAGGGAACAAUUUGGAGGAGAAGAAACCCCGGAAGAACAGAGUGCCCAAACCAGGGUGAGAUGAAAGGAUAGUGGGAUGGAUACAUCGGUGCUUCUUGUGCCUGUCAGGCAUGUCUGGACCUUCACAAAUUAGAAUUUGAGAUAGAAUGGUUGUUGAAUAAUUCAGAUUAUUUUGUUCUUGCUGUAAGAGCAAAUUAUCUAAGAGGACAUUGUUGUUCUAUGCAUAUUUCUCAAAUAGAACUGAGCAUGUUGCAAGACCCAUUCCUCAAAAUGUCUUGUAAUGGUUUUUGAAUCAGUUGUUACAAUAGAAUAGACGAAUACAUCAUAUAGAUAUAUUUUGGUUCAUUCCUACCAAUGUACAGAUAUGUCUGACUAUGACAUGACACACUCUGAUGCUCUCUCUGAAUGGCCCGUGGGCUUGUGUGACAGGCCAAGUGUCCUUAACAAAGACUCCAUUAGCUACGCUCUGAUAGGCUGAUCACUCCGCUGCCAUAAAUACUCCUAUUCUAAAGAGCCCCAGAAAUAGACCAGCAGCUAUUAUGAGACUGUUGUUCCCUUGUAUCAUAUUGAAAAGACAUUGCCUUGCUUAUAGGUUUGUUGUCUUCGAGAUUACACAUCAUAACUUGCUAUUGGAUUAACAAUCCCCUCCUUCCCCCCACAUCAUCUCUCUUCCCUCUCUUCCAUGUCUCUUCCCUCACUAUUUUCUCUCUUUCCUAUUUCUUCCUUCUCUCAUCCUCUCCUCUCUUUCCCCUCUUCACCCCUCUCUCUCGUCUUUCUGAUCCAGAGUGUCGUCUCUGAUGAACAUCCACCGGCCAGAGAAGAAGAAGAGGAAGAAGCUGAUGAAGGACUCCCUGUGCUUGGCAGCCAUGUUGCGCCGCUUCACCCGGGAGAAGCAGGAGAUGAGGAAGAUGAACCCCAAUGCGCCCCACCCCGGCAUGGGUAGCUCCCUGGCCAACGCACCCCGAGCCAACCACCUGCUGGCUAACUCCCACCUGCACGCUAACACGGCUAACAACGACGUCUCAUUGGCCGAGCUCACCGCCGACCCCGCCAUGAUGUCACUGCUGGGCUCGGCAAAUGAGAAGGAGCUCCAGGAUCUUCUGGGUGACCUAGACUUCAGCCUUCUGGACUGCUCGGCUAAUCCGCAUGUGGCCACCCCCGGGAGAGAGAAUGGCUUGAUGGGAAUUGGAGUUUCAGGGCCGAAGACGAUUGGUGGCGGGUUAGGGAGGGGACUGGGGGUUUCAGGGGGUCUCCUGCAUCCACCUCCGCUCCCUGACGGCCUGCCUCCCCCCCUCAUCAAGCGCAUCGAGGACCUACGGGCGGUGAGUCGCGCUGAUGGGGCUUUUCCUGUUUAUCAUAGAUGUAUUUAUUUGUUUAUUUAAUGUUUAUGUGAUCAUCCCUUAAUUUAAUUGUUGAGUAACUUCCUGGAAUUUUGUACAGUUGAAAUGUGUGGCAGCCAUUUUUUGAAACCACGAUCAAGGUGAUAUCACUUAAAAUAGUGUUUCAGUUCUUCUAAGAUUUGUAAUGCAUUUCUUGACAGGGUGAUAAAAGUGCAUAGAGAGUUAGAGUGGAGCAGAGCAGAAAGGAGGAGCGGAUGAGAGCAAAACAAAUGAAAGGAAGGUAGAGUAGCAAUAGACAACUGGUAGCCAAAAGGGAGAGAGAAGAAAGAGACAAAUCAAAGAUGAGCGAAAACUGGCAAGAUGACGAUGCAGCCAUUUUGAAACUGACACGGAAGGCUCCUUUUUACUUUUGUGCAUAUUUCCAUGGAAUACAGCUUUGUAUGCUUACCAACCUCUUUUCUUCACAGGCCUCUCGUCAGUUUGAUCAAGAGGGAAGGAAGAAAUUCUUCACCCUCGAUAUGAAUAACAUCCUACUGGAGUGAGUUUGUCAUUCUUUUGACACGUUGUAAAUCUCUCUCUGUCUACACCCUGAUUGUGUCAUACCGCUGAUAUCGGAGUCGAUUGUUCAUCUCUUUUCCUGUCUUUUUCACCCCCACUCUCUUCUACAUUUCUCCCAACAUCUUUCUCUCUCAAAUUGUUUUAUUCUUUGCUGUCUCUUUAUCCCCUUUCCUUGCUUGCCAUCUUUCGCUCUCCAUCCCCCCUUUCUCUCACUCCUGUUCAUUCCCUCUGUUGCUCCUCUCACUUCCCUCCGCUCUCUCCUCCCCUCCCCUCCUCCCCCCAGUAUUGAGCUGCAGGUGCAGGAGCAGCCGAUGGGGCUACGUGGGGAGGUGUAUUCUCACCUGGAGGCCUUUGUGCCCUGCAAUAAGGAGGCUCUGCUCAAACGCCUGAAGAAACUUAGCAUCAACAUCCAGGAUGACCGUCUGCGUACGCCCCUGUUGAAGCUGAAGCUGGCUGUGUGCAGUGUGAUGCCCGAGCAGAUCCAACGAUACAACAUGGACUGCAUGGUCAAGGCUGCCAAGUAAGAAGAUUACAAUACUCAAUAGUAUACUGCAGCCAUACUCAACCGGUGGACCGCGGUCCGGAUCCGGACGCAGAACGGGGCCAUUACGGACUUUACAUUUUAACAUUUUCUACAUUUAGUAUUGCAUGGGGGGGGGGGGGGGGGGGGGGGGGGGGGGUGUUGUUACUACGCUGAUAAAUGACAAUAUCCAUCCGGAUCUUUGCCACCUAGGACAUUUGUAUGACCGGACCUAAAUGUAUUUAGUCAGCCACCAAUUGUGCAAGUUCUCCCACUUAAAAAGAUGAGAGAGGCCUGUAAUUUUCAUCAUAGGUACACGUCAACUAUGACAGACAAAUUGAGAAAAAAUAAUCCAGAAAAUCACAUUGUAGGAUUUUUUAUGAAUUUAUUAGCAAAUUAUGGUGGAAAAUAAGUAUUUGGUCACCUACAAACAAGCAAGAUUUCUGGCUCUCACAGACCUGUAACUUCUUCUUUAAGAGGCUCCUCUGUCCUCCACUCGUUACCUGUAUUAAUGGCACCUGUUUGAACUUGUUAUCAGUAUAAAAGACACCUGUCCACAACCUCAAACAGUCACACUCCAAACUCCACUAUGGCCAAGACCAAAGAGCUGUUAAAGGACACCAGAAACAAAAUUGUAGACCUGCACCAGGCUGGGAAGACUGAAUCUGCAAUAGGUAAGCAGCUUGGUUUGAAGAAAUCAACUGUGGGAGCAAUUAUUAGGAAAUGGAAGACAUACAAAAUCACUGAUAAUCUCCCUCGAUCUGGGGCUCCACGCAAGAUCUCACCCCGUGGGGUCAAAAUGAUCACAAGAACGGUGAGCAAAAAUCCCAGAACCACACGGGGGGACCUAGUGAAUGACCUGCAGAGAGCUGGGACCAAAGUAACAAAGCCUACCAUCAGUAACACACUACGCCGCCAGGGACUCAAAUCCUGCAGUGCCAGACGUGUCCCCCUGCUUAAGCCAGUACAUGUCCAGGCCCGUCUGAAGUUUGCUAGAGUGCAUUUAGAUGAUCCAGAAGAGGAUUGGGAGAAUGUCAUAUGGUCAGAUGAAACCAAAAUAGAACUUUUUGGUAAAAACUCAACUCGUCGUGUUUGGAGGACAAAGAAUGCUGAGUUGCAUCCAAAGAACACCAUACCUACUGUGAAGCAUGGGGGUGGAAACAUCAUGCUUUUUCUGCAAAGGGACCAGGACGACUGAUCCGUGUAAAGGAAAGAAUGAAUGGGGCCAUGUAUCAUGAGAUUUUGAGUGAAAAUCCUCCUUCCAUCAGCAAGGGCAUUGAAGAGGAAACGUGGCUGGGUCUUUCAGCAUGACAAUGAUCCCAAACACACCGCCCGGGCAACGAAGGAGUGGCUUCGUAAGAAGCAUUUCAAGGUCCUGGAGUGGCCUAGCCAGUCUCCAGAUCUCAACCCCAUAGAAAAUCUUUGGAGGGAGUUGAAAGUCCGUGUUGCCCAGCGACAGCCCCAAAACAUCACUGCUCUAGAGGAGAUCUGCAUGGAGGAAUGGGCCAAAAUACCAGCAACAGUGUGUGAAAACCUUGUGAAGACUUACAGAAAACGUUUGACCUGUGUCAUUGCCAACAAAGGGUAUAUAACAAAGUAUUGAGAAACUUUUGUUAUUGACCAAAUACUUAUUUUCCACCACAAUUUGCUAAUAAAUUCAUUAAAAAUCCUACAAUGUGAUUUUCAGGAUUUUGUUUUCUCAUUUUGUCUGUCAUAGUUGACGUGUACCUAUGAUGAAAAUUACAGGCCUCUCUCAUCUUUUUAAGUGGGAGAACAUGCACAAUUGGUGGCUGACUAAAUACUUUUUUCCCCCACUGUAUGUGUUGAACCCUAGCAGGCAGCAGCCUGGAGAGGUAGAGAAGAACGGAUCAGAGGAGGAGGACGAGGGGAAGCCAGGGAAGAGGAUGAUAGGCCCACGGAAGAAGUUUGUCUGGGACGACAAGCUCAGGUAACCGCCCAUCCAUUGCCCUCAAUCAAAUCUUAUUUAUAAAGCCAUUUUUACAUCAGCAGUUGUCACAAAGUGCCUUUAUAGUAACCCAGCCUAGACACUAAAGUGAAAUUCUCGAUCAAAGUCAUACAGAAAAUGAUUGAUUGAAAAGACAAUAGAUUAGUAAGCUUUCUUCUUUUCUGUCUGUGUGUGUGUGUGUGUGUGUGCGUGUGUGUGUGUAGGUCGCUGCUGUGUAACCUGGUGCGUGUGAAGUUGAGCUGCUAUGAACUGGAGUCAUCUCAGUGCUCUCUCUCCGUGGAGGAUUACCUCAAGGCCUUCAUGGAGAACGAGGUCAAACCACUUUGGCCCAAGGGCUGGAUGCAGGCCAGGAUGCUGUUCAAGGAGAGUCGUGCUGUACACAGUCACCUCACUGGCAACAUGUAAGUUCUCUCAACUAUAGUUGGACCUUAUAGAUAAGUUGGGAUAGUUUCCCAACUAUGUCGUUGGCUUUAUAAUGGCAAUUAUACCUUUUAUUGUAUAUAUGCCUGAUUGACAGAUCACAACAAGUUUUAUUGGUCGCAUACACAUAUUUAGCAGAUGUUAUUGUGGGUGUAGCGAAAUGCGUGUGCUCCUAACAGUUCAGUAAUAUCUAACGAUACACAACAAUACACACAUCUAAAAGUAAAAUUAUGGAAUUAAGAAAUAUUACGACGAGCAAUGUCGGAGUCCGGAGAAUAAAUAUAUAUACAGUACCAGUCAAAAGUUUGGACACACCUACUCAUUCAAGGGUUUUUCUUUAUUUUUACUAUUUUUUACAUUGUAGAAUAAUAGUGAAGACAUCAAAACUAUGAAAUAACACAUAUGGAAUCAUGUAGUUACUGAAAAAGUGUUAAACAAAUCAAAAUAUAUUUUAUAGUUGAGGUUCUUCAAAUAGCCACCCUUUGCCUUGAUGACAGCUUUGCACACUCUUGGCAUUCUCUCAACCAGCUUCACCUGGAAUGCUUUUCCAAUAGUGUUGAAGGAGUUCUCACAUAUGCUGAGCACUUGUUGGCUGCUUUUCCUUCACUCUGCCGUCUGACUCAUCCCAAACCAUAUCAAUUGGGUUGAGGUCGGGGGAUUGUGGAGGCCAGGUCAUCUGAUGCAGCACUCCAUCACUCUCCUUCUUGGUCAAAUAAUCCUUACACAGCCUGGGUGUGUGUUGGAUCAUUGUCCUGUUGAAAAACAAAUGAUAGUCCCACUAAGCCCAAACCAGAUGGGAUGGCGUAUCGCUGCAGAAUGCUGUAGUAGCCAUGCUGGUUAAGUGUGCCUUGAAUUCUAAAUAAAUCACAGACAGUGUCACCCACAAAGCACCCCCAUACCAUAACACCUCCUCUUCCAUUACGGUGGGAACUACACAUGCGGAGAUCAUCCGUUCACGCACACUGCGUCUCACAAAGAUAUGGCGGUUGGAACCAAAAAUCUCCAAUUUGGACUCCAGAACCAAAGGACACAUUUCCACCGGUCUAAUGUCCAUUGCUCGUGUUUCUUGGCCCAAGCAGGUCUCUUCUUCUUAUUGGUGGCCUUUAGUAGUGGUUUCUUUGCAGCAAUUCGACCAUGAUGGCCUGAUUCACACAGUCUCCUCUGAACAGUUGAUGUUGAGAUGUGACUUGAAUUCAGUGAAGCAUUUAUUUGGGCUGCAAUUUCUGAGGUUGGUAACUCUAAUGAACUUAUCCUCUGCAGCAGAGAUAGCUCUGGGUCUUUCAUUCCUGUGGUGGUCCUCAUGAGAGCCAGUUUCAUCAUAGCGCUUGAUGGUUUUUGCGACUGCACUUGAAGAAACUUUCAAAGUUCUUGAAAUGUUCCGUAUUGACUGACCUUCAUGCUUUAAGUAAUGAUGGACUGUCGUUUCUCUUUGCUUAUUUGAGCUGUUCUUGCCAUAAUAUGGACUUGGUCUUUUACCAAAUAGGGCUAAAUUCUGUAUACCACCCCCCCCCUACCUUGUCACAACACAAAUGAUUGGCUCAAACUAAUUAAGAAGGAAAGAAAUUCCACCAAUUAACUUUUAAGAAGCCACACCUGUCAAUUGAAAUGCAUUCCAGGUGACUACCUCAUGAAGCUGGUUGAGAGAAUGCCAAGAGUGUGCAAAGCUGUCAUCAAGGCAAAGGGUGGCUAUUUUGGUUACUACAUGAUUCCAUAUGUGUUAUUUCUAGUUUUGAUGUCUUCACUAUUAUUCUACAAUGUAGAAAAUAAUAAAAAUAAAGAAAAACCCUUGAAUGAGUAGGUGUGUCCAAACUUUUGACUGGUAGUGUAUACAUACAGUGGGGGGAAAAAAGUAUUUAGUCAGCCACCAAUUGUGCAAGUUCUCCCACUUAAAAAGAUGAGAGAGGCCUGUAAUUUUCAUCAUAGGUACACGUCAACUAUGACAGACAAAUUGAGGAAUUAAAUCCUGAAAAUCACAUUGUAGGAUUUUUUAUGAAUUUAUUUGCAAAUUAUGGUGGAAAAUAAGUAUUUGGUCACCUACAAACAAGCAAGAUUUCUGGCUCUCACAGACCUGUAACUUCUACUUUAAGAGGCUCAUCUGUCCUCCACUCGUUACCUGUAUUAAUGGCACCUGUUUGAACUUGUUAUCAGUAUAAAAGACACCUGUCCACAACCUCAAACAGUCACACUCCAAACUCCACUAUGGCCAAGACCAAAGAGCUGUCAAAGGACACCAGAAACAAAAUUGUAGACCUGCACCAGGCUGGGAAGACUGAAUCUGCAAUAGGUAAGCAGCUUGGUUUGAAGAAAUCAACUGUGGGAGCAAUUAUUAGGAAAUGGAAGACAUACAAGACCACUGAUAAUCUCCCUCGAUCUGGGGCUCCACGCAAGAUCUCACCCCGUGGGGUCAAAAUGAUCACAAGAACGGUGAGCAAAAAUCCCAGAACCACACGGGGGGACCUAGUGAAUGACCUGCAAAGAGCUGGGACCAAAGUAACAAAGCCUACCAUCAGUAACACACUACGCCACCAGGGACUCAAAUCCUGCAGUGCCAGACGUGUCCCCCUGCUUAAGCCAGUACAUGUCCAGGCCCGUCUGAAGUUUGCUAGAGUGCAUUUGGAUGAUCCAGAAGAGGAUUGGGAGAAUGUCAUAUGGUCAGAUGAAACCAAAAUAGAACUUUUUGGUAAAAACUCAACUCGUCGUGUUUGGAGGACAAAGAAUGCUGAGUUGCAUCCAAAGAACACCAUACCUACUGUGAAGCAUGGGGGUGGAAACAUCAUGCUUUGGGGUUGUUUUUCUGCAAAGGGACCAGGACGACUGAUCCGUGUAAAGGAAAGAAUGAAUGGGGCCAUGUAUCAUGAGAUUUUGAGUGAAAACCUCCUUCCAUCAGCAAGGGCAUUGAAGAUGAAACGUGGCUGGGUCUUUCAGCAUGACAAUGAUCCCAAACACACCGCCCGGGCAACGAAGGAGUGGCUUCGUAAGAAGCAUUUCAAGGUCCUGGAGUGGCCUAGCCAGUCUCCAGAUCUCAACCCCAUAGAAAAUCUUUGGAGGGAGUUGAAAGUCCGUGUUGCCCAGCGACAGCCCCAAAACAUCACUGCUCUAGAGGAGAUAUGCAUGUCUGUCAUAGUUGACGUGUACCUAUGAUGAAAAUUACAGGCCUCUCUCAUCUUUUUAAGUGGGAGAACUUGCACAAUUGGUGGCUGACUAAAUACUUUUUCCCCCCACUGUAUAUACAGUAUGUGAUGGGAUGUAUAGACAAUGUGGACAGGAUAUGGAUAGAAUAUGUAGUAUAUCGGAAGGAUUAGCAUUCCUGUGAGGCUGUUAACUUAACACACCAUUUGUCUCUCUGUCCAGGGUCAAGAAAAGGAUGGUCCCCACCCCCAGGGCUAAAGCCAAGGUCAGUGACACCUCUUCACUCUCAAUUGACUUUUGUAACCUUUUCUACAAGAUGGUUAUUUGGUAUUACUUGUGCUUCCAAAUGUUCUGGUGCGGGGCUAAGGCUAACCUUUGUCAUGUCCCUGUGUUCCAGGAGGGCCAAUGGAUCCAGCAGAGGCCCAAUCUCCCCACCGCCACCACCCCUUCUCUCCCCCACGUCCCCUCCACCCCCUCCGUCAUCCAGGCCCGCCGGACCUCCUCGUCCCCCUCGGAGCCCAUCUGCCUGUCCGACUCGCUGGACGAGGACCUCCGUGCCCCCUCCCUGGAUUCAGUCUCCCACGCCCUCACCUUCCUUAGCCAAGCCGCCAAGGGCCUGGGUCCCCACGGCAGCGUCACUGACCUCACCCUCACCUCCCCCCUUUCCCCCCCGCCUCUCCAGAUCCCCAACUCCUCCCCCCCCUCCAUCACCCCUCACUACUCCCCCUCGUCUUCCCUUCUCACGUCACAUUCUCUUUCCAAGGUAAACGCCAACUCGUCAACGAUGGUGACGAUGUCAUCGAUGGCCAACAUUAUGACCACUCUAUCUACCUCUCCCUCCACUUCCACGGCGUCGUCGGCUCGCAUGCAGCUCGCAGGGGCCACGUUGGUGUCUCGUGGCGCCGACGGAGUGUACGGGGUGAUGAAAGGGGCGGGCUCUAUGGGACAGACUCAGAGACACAAUGUCAGCAUGGCAACCGCCACUCACAGGCAAGGGGGCAUGACCGGAGGGAGUAAACUCCACCCACCGUCGUCCCCCUCCCUGCCCACCAAGCAGCGGCCCCCUCCCACGUCCUCUCCGCUCCUGCCCCCCCAUCAGAAGGUCGCCCUGGGCAUGGGCGUGGCAAUACCAGGACUGGGGAAGAGCUGUGUCAAAGCCAACAGCAGCAGUAACGGCGGUGCCAUGAUGAGUAACAUGCCCUCCUCCUCCCCUCAGUCCCGUGCCACCAACUCCCACUCACACCCCCAGCAGCUCAUCUCCAAGAGCCCCCAGCAGCUCAACUCCAAGAGCCCCCAGCAGCUCAACUCCAAGAGCCCCCAGCAACCCUCCUACCUCACCUCCACGGUGGGCUCCUCACCCUCCCAGUCCCCCUCCCACCACCAGGGUAAAUCCAAGCCCCACCACCAGUCCAACUUCAUCACCCCCAUGCAGGCCACCCUCACCAAGUCCUCCCACAGCAACAACUCCUCCCCCAUCAUCAAGCUCACCCCUCGCCCCCCCGCCCCCACCCCUCGCCCCCCCGCCCCAUCCCCUCGCCCCCCCGCCCUCACCCCUCCUCCCACCUCCUCCCCCUCCCCUUCCUCCUCCUCUUCCAACCUCCUCUCUCACUCUCAAAUGAUCUCCAGCCCUCUCCAGUACCAGUCCCCCAAGACUGCCGGCUUCCGCCCCACAUAUAGUGUCCAAGGUGGGGGUCAGGUGAAGUCGGGCCAGGGCAGUUAUAGCUUUGCGGGGAGCCAGAAGGCUCCGUCUGUCAUUAGCAGUAGUAGCGUUAGCAGCGUAAGCUCCAACAGCAGCCCCAUGCGCAUGUCGCCCGUCACCAGUCGCCCAGACAACAGCCCCUCCCCCUCCGGCAUGGUCUCGACCAGUCACGGACAGAGACAGAGGGCCGUGGGCGGAGCCAAGGCUGUAGGCAGUCGGGCGCCAACGGCAACCAUGGCCACACCCUCCAUCACCUCACACCUGACGCAGGUGAGUCAGCCAAUCACAGGCGACCAGAAAAAGUGUCAAGAAGAGUGAAAAAGAGGAUCAAGAGAAGCAACUUUUAGAUACUGACUGCAUUUUUCUCGCUAGGGUUUUGAGUAUGUUCUGCAAAGGCUUGGCCACGUAGUCAGAACAGAAGAGAUUGUGUCAGGCACUUUAUAUGUCACCAAGUGAGUCACCUGAUCCCUCCUUUCUCUCUCUCUCUCUCUCUCUCUUCUCUCUAGGUGUCAGCUGGAAGUCCCCUCCUGGGCGGGCCACUUGGCUUUGGGAUGCUGGGGGGGCUGGUGCCCGUCUCGCUGCCCUUCCAGUUCCCCUCGCUGCUCAACUUCACUCCUCCUGGAGCCCCGGGGGGCAGCGGCCUGGGCACGGGCGCCAACUCAGGAUAUAGCCUCUCACAGAGUGACUUAAUGGGUGAGUAAUUGGCAACUGGGGCCCAACUGGCAGUGGCUCCACAAGACUGUGAUCUUUCAAAGCACCGUGCAUGCAAAUGUAUGGGCUCUUAAUACCAUUUAGAAAGUCUGUACUGUACAUCAUUAUGUGAUAAAGAUCUUUAAAGAAUUUAGAACUUCAUUAGUAUGACAUUUUAUUGGAUGAAUUUGAUCAAAUGACAAAGAAAAUCAGUCGUAGUAAAAACAAUUUGUGGUUCCUUGAGAUUCAUCUAGUCUUAGAGUUUGUUUGUGUUACUCAUGGUCAAUGGUGUGGUGUGGAUCCAUACUGAAGUAUAAUCAGCUGUAAUGUGCCUAUGCUCCAGGUUUCUCACUGUAACCCUCUUGCCCUGCCUGUCUCGUUUUCUCAACCAAUCCCUCACUCCUUCUCCCCCUCCAUCCAUCCAUCCAUCCAUCCAUCCAUCCAUCCAUCCAUCCAUCCAUCCAUCCAUCCAUCCAUCCUUCCAUCCAUCCUCUCCUUCCUUCACUCCUAUGUUCUCUACUCCUGUGUUCUCUACUCCUAUGUUCUCUACUCCUAUGUUCUCUACUCCUGUGUUCUUUAAUCCCCCUUUUAUCUGCCCUCACCUUCUUAUUUUAUUUGAUGUUUUACUCAAAUUCUGCUUUCAUUAUUUAAUGUGCCUUUUCUUACCUUUAUUCUCCUCAACCCCUUCCCCCUCUCCAUUCUUCCCCUUUUUAACCUCCUCACUCUUUCUUCCUCUCCUCUGUCCCUCCCUCCCUCCCUCCAUCUCUCCUCAGAUCUGUAUAAGAGUCUCCAGUCAGGGUCACAGGCUGCUCUACCUCCUCACUUGCAGCUUGCUUUCUCAGGUAAACUUCACUCCUCUUCCUCCCUUACCUCCCUCCUCCUCCCUUACCUCCCUCCUCCUCUUCCCUUUCUCCAUUUGUGCUGUUGUCAUUCCCUGCUUCAUGUUGAUAUCUCUCACUCACUGUUUGGCUGUUGCGUCUUCUUGCUUCAAUGUUAGUGGUGAUCUGCAUGCUUGUGUUACUACAUGACUAGGAUAACACUAGAAGCACAUGUCUUGUCUGUCGAUGAAGCAUACCCUACCUUUGUGUUAGGUGUUCAUAUGUUUCUGCAUCUUCAUGUAUUUACACAUGAUGUAACAAAUUGUUUUGACUCCUCCCCCCCACCUCAGAUGCGAACCAAAGCCAGGGUGGCGACAUGAAGAGGAAGUCCCACUGA